AUGCCGACAAUAACAACAAUAGUCGCUACCUCUGCAAUAACAACAGCAGCUACAUCGGUGACAGUAGCCACUGCAACGGUCACUACAUCUUCAAUAACAGCAGCAGCUACAUCGGUGACAGCAGCCACUGCAACGCUCCCUACAUCUGCAAUAACAACAGCAGGUACAUCGGUGACAGCAGCCACAUCAGUGACAGCAGCCACUGCAACGCUCCCUACAUCUGCAAUAACAACAGCAGGUACAUCGGUGACAGCAGCCACUGCAACGGCCACUACUGCUACAAGCACUAAGAGUCAGGGACAACGCCUGACUGUCCUUCCUACUGUACUUCUUGGUUGUUUAGUUGUACAUCUCGUUACUCGUAUAGAACGAUGA